GCCGUCUACAUUGCAGAUGGCGGAGCUGGACAGCGGGGGCUGCUGCUAGCAAAAAAAAUAAAAAAAAUCGCUUUUUUCUAAAUGAAAAGUAUUUAAAUAUAUUGUUGUGUUUAGAUUAUUUUUGCUUAAUUGUAAUUUUCCUCUGCUUAAUUUUGAGGCGGUUCAAUAAGGCUGGUAAAUUAGUGCGUUUUGUAGUGUAUUUAUUCGGUAGCGCUGUUAGCAUCUUUGUUGGAGUGUAGGCCCGCUGUGUCACCUCCGGUCGAUUUUAACAAAAGCCCAGAUCCGCUCACAGGACACCCUCCGUCAGUAUGACAGAUAAACGCUCUGUGGUGGAUUAGAGCGACCGGGACAACUCUUAGCAGCCCCUUAAUUUCCUGCAAUCGAAGACCUUUUUGCGAACGGCGUAAGAAUUUCUGCUCACAAAGGAAGAUGUCGAACUGCGCUGCAGGGAGUGGAGCUCUGGCCUGGCUGGAGGCUGCAAACGGCAAGGGUGACAUUGGCAGGAUGGAAGGAGCCAAGAAAGACAAGGCGAGCUCAAAGCUGUCGGUGGAGCGAGUUUACCAGAAGAAGACUCAGCUUGAGCACAUCCUUCUCCGUCCAGACAGUUACAUCGGCAGCGUGGAGCCCGUCACUCAGCAAAUGUGGGUUUUUGAUGAAGAUGUAGGGAUGAACCAGCGAGAAAUCACCUAUGUUCCUGGAUUGUACAAAAUCUUUGAUGAAAUUCUUGUCAACGCAGCAGACAACAAACAAAGGGACAAGAACAUGACUGCCAUUAAGAUCACCAUUGACCCUGAGUCCAACACAAUUUCCAUCUGGAACAACGGCAAAGGAAUCCCUGUGGUGGAACACAAGGAUGAGAAGAUGUAUGUCCCAGCUCUGAUUUUUGGCCACCUCCUCACCUCCAGCAAUUAUGAUGAUGAGGAGAAAAAAGUCACAGGUGGAAGGAAUGGAUACGGUGCAAAACUCUGCAACAUCUUCAGUAACAAGUUCACAGUGGAAACCGCCUGCAAAGAGUACAGACACAGCUUCAAACAGACGUGGCAGAACAACAUGACCAAGACCUCUGACCCCAAGAUCAAGUUCUUCGAUGGUGAUGAUUUCACAUGUGUGACGUUCCAGCCAGACCUCUCCAAGUUCAAGAUGGAGAAACUGGACAAAGAUAUUGUAGCGCUUCUUACCCGCCGAGCAUAUGAUGUAGCCGGUUCCUGCAAGGGUGUUAAAGUUACUCUGAAUGGAAAAAAAUUACCUGUGAACAGCUUUCGCAGCUAUGUGGAUCUGUAUGUGAAGGACAAAUUGGAUGAGACGGGCGUGGCCCUGAAGGUGGUCAAUGAGACAGUGAACGAGCGGUGGGAGGUUUGUCUCACUAUGAGUGAGAAGGGAUUUCAACAAAUCAGCUUUGUGAACAGCAUCGCCACCACCAAGGGUGGCAGACAUAUUGAGUAUGUGGUGGACCAGAUCGUGGCCAAACUUAUUGAAGUGGUGAAGAAGAAGAACAAGGCUGGAGUCUCAGUCAAACCGUUCCAGGUAAAGAACCAUAUCUGGGUGUUUGUGAACGCGCUGAUUGAGAAUCCUGCGUUUGACUCCCAGACCAAGGACAACAUGACUCUGCAGACCAAGAGCUUUGGGUCCAAGUGCCUUCUGUCAGACAAAUUUAUCAGGGCUGCAACCAAUUGUGGGAUUGUUGAGAGUAUCCUCAACUGGGUGAAGUUCAAAGCUCAGACACAGCUCAACAAAAAGUGCUCAUCAGUGAAAUACAGCAAGAUCAAAGGCAUCCCCAAACUCGAUGAUGCCAACGACGCCGGUGGAAAACACUCCUCUGAAUGCACGCUCAUCCUCACUGAGGGCGACUCGGCAAAGUCUCUGGCUGUGUCUGGACUAGGGGUCAUAGGACGCGAUCGCUACGGAGUAUUUCCGCUAAGAGGCAAAAUCCUAAAUGUGCGAGAGGCGACACACAAGCAGAUCAUGGAAAAUGCUGAGAUUAACAACAUCAUUAAAAUUGUCGGCCUCCAGUAUAAGAAGAGCUACGAUGAUCCUGAGUCACUGAGGUCUCUGCGUUACGGCAGGAUUAUGAUCAUGACUGAUCAGGAUCAGGAUGGUUCCCACAUCAAAGGUCUGUUGAUCAACUUCUUCCACCACAACUGGCCCUCUCUGCUCAAACACACAUUCCUGGAAGAGUUCAUCACACCCAUUGUCAAAGCAAGCAAGAACAAACAAGAGGUUUCCUUUUACAGCAUUCCUGAGUUUGACGAGUGGAAGAAACAAACUGAGAACUAUAAAACCUGGCAUAUCAAGUACUACAAAGGUUUGGGCACAAGCACAAGCAAAGAGGCAAAGGAAUACUUUGCCGACAUGGAAAAACACCGCAUCACCUUCAGAUACAGCGGUGCAGAAGAUGACGCUGCCAUCACUCUGGCGUUCAGUAAAAAGAAGACCGAUGACAGGAAGGAGUGGCUGACUAACUUCAUGGAGGACAGGCGCCAGAGGAGGAUGCACGGCCUACCUGAGCAAUACCUAUAUGGAAAUCAGGCCAGGUACCUGUCCUAUAACGACUUCAUCAACAAAGAGCUGAUUCUGUUCUCCAACUCGGACAACGAGCGAUCCAUUCCAUCCUUAGUUGACGGCUUGAAACCAGGACAAAGGAAAGUGUUGUUCACCUGUUUGAAGAGGAAUGACAAGAGGGAAGUGAAAGUCGCACAGCUGGCUGGUUCAAUAGCAGAGAUGUCUGCCUACCAUCACGGAGAGCAAGCGCUCAUGAUGACUAUUGUCAACUUGGCCCAGAACUUUGUCGGCAGCAAUAAUCUGAACAUCCUGCAGCCACUGGGUCAGUUUGGUACUCGUAUCAACGGAGGCAAGGAUGCUGCCAGUCCUCGUUACAUCUUCACCAUGCUCAGCCCUCUGGCCAAGCUGUUAUUCCCAACAGUGGACUCCAACCUUCUCAAGUUUCUGUACGAUGAUAACCAGAAGGUGGAGCCAGAGUGGUAUAUUCCCAUCAUUCCAAUGGUGCUGGUGAACGGUACCGAGGGCAUCGGCACUGGCUGGGCGUGCAAGAUCCCCAACUAUGACGUUCGAGAGAUUGUCAACAAUAUCAACCGCAUGCUGAAUCACCAGGACCCUAUUCCAAUGCUUCCCAGCUACAAAAACUUCAAAGGGGUGAUACAUGAACUGGGUCAGAAUCAGUACCUGGUUAGUGGGGAGGUGUCCGUCCUAGACAAAAACACCAUUGAGAUCACAGAGCUUCCUGUUCGGACGUGGACACAGAGCUAUAAGGAGUCUGUGUUGGAGCCCAUGGUGCAGGGCACCGACAAAACACCGGCUCUCAUCACUGACUACAAGGAGUAUCACACCGACACCACUGUCAAGUUCGUGGUUCGCUUGUCUGAGGAAAAACUAGCCCAGGCUGAGGCUGUGGGUCUCCACAAAGUCUUCAAGUUGCAGUCCAGCCUCACCUGUAACUCCAUGGUGCUGUUUGACCACAUGGGCUGUCUGAAGCGGUAUGAUUCCGUCCAGGACAUCCUCAAGGAGUUCUUUGAGCUCCGCCUGCACUACUACAAGCUGAGGAAGGACUGGCUGCUUGGCAGCCUGGGAGCAGAGGUGUCCAAACUGUCCAACCAAGCUCGCUUUGUGCUGGAAAAGAUUGAAGGAAAAGUUUCUAUUGAAAACAAAUCCAAGCGUGAACUGAUACGAAUGCUGGUGCAGAAAGGCUACGAGUCCGACCCCGUGGCUGCUUGGACCAAAGCUCAAGAAAAGGCUCAGGAAGACGAUGAGUGCGAUGGAAACGAGAGUGACAGCUCGCUGGAUUCUGGCUCCACAUCAGGGCCCAACUUCAACUACAUCCUCAACAUGCCUCUGUGGUGCCUGACUAAAGAGAAGGUGGAAGAACUGCUCAAACAGAGGGACCUCAAGAGAGGAGAGCUGAAUGAUCUUCAGCGGAAAUCCCCGGAGGAUCUCUGGAAGGAUGACCUGGCAGUCUUCAUCGAGGAGCUGGAUAAUGUGGAAGCCCAGGAACGAGAAGAGCAGAAUAUGGGAAGAGCCAUCAAGCUGGUGAAGGGAAAAGUGGGCAAACCCAAGGUGAAGAAGCUGAACCUGGAGGAGACCAUGCCCUCUCCGUUUGGCCGCAGGAUCGAACCACCAGCUCAGCCCAUCAAGUCUGACACGGCCAAAAAACUGACCAAAAAGAAGAAGUGUGACACCGACGCGCUGAAGUUGGACUUUGAUGAAGAAGGACUGGGUGGUGAGGCAGGAACAGGUGAAAAUGCUGUGGCCAAACCAAAAGCUCCACGUGUCAAGAAAGAGAAGAAAGAGCCGGGUGCUCCAAGAGUGAGAAAAACCCCCGGACCCAAAGGAACCACUCCUAAGAAGGUGAAGAAGAGAAACCCCUGGUCUGAUGACGAGUCAAAGUCUGACAGUGAUCUGGAGAACAGUGAGCCCAUCAUCCCCCGAGAGACCAAAUCCCAGAGGGCAUCAGCUUCUAAGCCAAAAUACACCUUUGACUUCUCGGAGGAGGAAGAAGAGGAGGAGGGGGAGGAGGCGGCUGAUGAAGAGGAGAACGGUGACUAUGUGGCGGCUUCUCCAGUGAGGUCGUUUAAGCAGGACCUCUCUGCCUCUGAGAGCAAAGGCGGCUACAACGACCAUAACGAUGAAGACGAGGAGGAAGACCGUGAAGAUGCCUAUUCUCCUCCCAAACAACAGAGUGUGUUGGGACCAGUGGCUAAAAAGACAAAAGAGCCAACCAGCUUCUUCUCAUCAAAGUCGGCCUUUUCCGAUAAAAGCGACAGCGAUGGCUCCAAAUCUGACAGUGAUGAUGAUAAAGGUCCAGUCUUCUCAUAUUCCGGCAGCUCAGCCUUCGACAAACUGGCAGCAGCAAAGAAAGCUGCAGUUAAUAAGAAGGCGUCUGAUGCAGCUCCAAAACCCAAAAAGACACCAAAAGCAAAGAAACCAGACAAAUCCAUCUGGGACUCGGACUCCGACACAGGAAGCAGGAAGCCAGCACCAGCUCUCAAAGGAAAAGCCAGAGGCAAGAAGAAGAAGCUGUCCGGCUCCGAGGACGACGAUUACAGUCCGGUGAAGAAGAUGGGCAAAACUGUCAGCAGAAAAUCUGAGAAGGCGCUGUCUGAGGACGAGGAUGCCGACAGUAACGCUCACCGCGCUCGGUCCCGUGACCGGCCGGGCCGAGCCAAGAAGGAGGUGAAGUACUUUGAUGAGUUGGACAACGAGGAGGACGAGGACGAGGACGACAUGUUCGACUGAAGCAGCUGGGCGCAGCGUUCACACUGCUCCUUCUUCUGUGUUCCCACAGACUUUUGUACAUUUCCUGUUUGGUUCUUUUCAUUAAUGGUGAUGUUGAAUAAUUUUUAAUGUGUAGGUGUUUUUUAUUAUACAUAUACAGAUUUCUUUUAUAUGCUCAUUGAAACCUGUAUUUGUCUGACGCAGCUUUUAGAAGUUUAGAAUGCUGUGCUUUAGCACAUUUUAAUUGUUAAAAUAUGUAACUUUUUGGACAUGAAGUUGAAAGUAAAUGAUGAAAUGUUGA